CCGACAUCUGCAUACGCACCUUGACGGCUCCGACCUCGCCUCAAGGUUUCAUGGCGGUUACUCGCCCGUUCUGCUGGAACUCGCUCUGCAAGAGGUAGCAGGCCGCGCCGCCGCCGCCGCCGCCACCGCUCCGUCAUGAAGUUCGCAAAGGAGCUCGAGCAAGACCUCGUACCAGAAUGGCGUAUCAAAUAUCUCAACUACAAGGCCGGCAAGAAGUAUGUCAAGGCCGUGUCGCGCGCCAUCAAUCGCGCCAAUGGUAGCCCCUUGAACAACGCCAGCAGGCCGGAGAAUCAGAACAGCACCGCCUCCUACCUCUUCCACGCCCACUCACCCUUCCGCAGCCAUCGAAAUGCUCGUUCCAAGGCCUCGAAUGCCCCUGAUGAGCGCACCUCGCUGCGCGGCACCCCGGCCCCAGUUGGCUCGGCGCACCAGAAGCCCGCCCAUCCGAUCCCCACGCCCGCUUCGCACAACGACCGUCAAUCAUGGAACGAUGGGCCAAGCGACUUUCGGUACGGGAGCUUCGUUCAUACUCCGCCUCACCACGACACCGGAAGCCCCUUGGAUCGCAGGCCAACCUUUGAGCUGCCUGGGCCAGCCAUGCAUGCGCCUUCCUCUCACGGCGGUCCCAGCCCGCAAGCGGCCUCAACGCAAGCGGUAUCCACAGCACGCCAGGCCCUCCAUAGAAGUGCGACCGUCGACGAGAGUGUGCCUGGUUCAGUUUGGACACCUGCCACCGAGCACGAACGCACCCCGUCAUCUCUGCGACUGCCCCACCCGGCGACCAUCGGACCCGGCUCCAAUGCCUCGCCCCGUGGCGGGCUCCGCCGGCUGUUCUCGGGCGCAUCGCACCUGGGCCGAGCGGGGACUAACUCGGAAUACGGUCUGCAGGCCUCGGCAUUGGACAUUGUCAGACAGAAGGAGACGGAAUUCUUUGAGUUCCUGGACUCGGAGUUGGAAAAGGUCGAGGAGUUCUACAAAAUGAAGGAGAACCAGGCUGGUGAGCGUCUCGCUCUGCUCAAGGAACAGCUGCACGAAAUGAGGAACCGACGCAUACAGGAGAUCAACGCCCAAAAGCGGCAGGCCGAGAUGGACUUCCUGAGCGGAGGCAAUGGAGACCGUGACGCUGCCCAGAGAGGCCCGCUCGGCUGGAUCGAUCCUGUCAAAACCAAGAUCUUCCGCCCGGGGCCCAACUCUCGGGCUCUGUCGAAAAUGACGCACACGCCCGUCAUGCGUCCAGCCCAGGGCGGCGACGCAACUCGGGAUUACAUCCGGCGGCCCGACGACCACGACGUGCCGUACCGCACCGCCAAGCGGAAGCUGAAGCUCGCCCUGCAGGAGUUCUACCGCGGCCUCGAGCUACUCAAGUCGUACGCCCUGCUCAACCGGACGGCGUUCCGGAAGCUGAACAAGAAGUACGACAAGGCCGUCAAGGCCCGCCCGCAGUACCGGUACAUGACCGAAAAGGUCAACAAAUCGUGGUUCGUCAACAGCGAGGCCGUCGACGGCCACAUCAAGGCUGUGGAAGACCUCUACGCCCGCUACUUUGAGCGCGGGAACCACAAGAUUGCGGCCGGCAAGCUGCGAAGCCUGAGCCGGAGGCCCGGCGAUGCAUCGGGCAGCGCCUUUAGGUGCGGCAUCCUCCUGGGCACCGGGCUAGUGUUUGCCAUCCAAGGAACCGUAUUUGGCGGGCAGCUCCUGUUCGACGACGACGCAGAAGUACGGACGCGGACAGGCUACCUCAUGCAGAUCUACGGAGGCUACUUCCUGAUGCUUUUGCUGUUCAGCAUGUUUUGCGUCAACUGUGCCAUCUGGACACGCAACAAGAUCAACUACCCCUUCAUUUUCGAAUUCGACACCCGCACCAACCUCGACUGGCGACAGCUCGCCGAGUUCCCCAGCUUGUUCACCUUCAUAUUUGGUGUUUUCAUAUGGCUCAACUUUAGCGAGUAUGGGACCAACGAGGUGUACCAAUACUACCCCGUGGUCCUGAUAGCUCUGUCGGCCGUCAUCAUCUUCAUGCCCGCGCCGAUACUCAUGGCACGCAGUCGAAAGUGGUUUGCAUACGCUCAUGUGAGUUCAAUUCGUAAGCUCUCAGCAAGGAGGGGCACGGCACUGACUGCGUGUAGUGGCGUCUCUUGCUUGCCGGUUUCUAUCCAGUCGAAUUUCGAGAUUUUUUCCUCGGCGAUAUGUACUGCUCUCUGUCAUACGCCAUGUCUAACAUUGAGCUGUUCUUCUGUCUCUACGCCAAUGCCUGGGACAACCCGACGCAGUGCAAUUCGAGCCACUCGCGGUUGCUCGGCUUCCUGGGCGCGCUGCCCCCCAUCUGGCGCUUCUUGCAAUGCCUGCGCCGUUACAGGGACACGAGGAACAUCUUCCCGCAUCUGGUGAACGGCGGCAAGUACACAAUGUCCAUCCUGGCCGCCAUGUCGCUCUCCAUCUACCGCAUCAACAACACGCACGGUAACCUGGCAAUGUUUAUUACCUUUGCCGCCAUCAAUGCCAUAUACACCUCCAUCUGGGACCUGUUCAUGGACUUCUCUCUCCUCCAGCCGCACAGCAGGCUCUGGCUCCUCCGCGACAUCACGGGCCUCAAGAAACGCUGG